AAUCAAAAGGCUGCAAAGUGGCCUCCCUUAGUUGCUUAUAUUAGAGUAUUACUAGUCUAAAACAUGUAUUUGUCAUUGUGAAUCAAUCAUCAACUAGAAAUGACACACCUCACAGACUUGCACACUAAGAUCUCUGAAAUUUUGAACUCGGUUGGAUUUGAGGUGUACCCUUUUCUCAUUGGAUGGUACAAUGAUCUUGUUCAGGAGAAAUUCAAAUUGCCAUAUGACAGAGAUAUUCUUGCUUUUGUUGUCCUAAGUACUCCAGCCAUGUUUGACAAGGCCUUUAAGCCAUUUAUUUAUCGACAAUCAUGUGAAGGGCCAGCUGAUCCUAUAGACCAAUGUAUGCGAUACUACUUUGGUCUAAUCAAGGAAGCAUUUCCUGACAAAGAAGUUGAUGUUAUUCAUGAUUUUGAGAUGACACCCACACGAAGGCCAAAGAUCUUGGUGCAGACUGCUGGCCAUGUUGCUGGUGCUGCCUACUACUACCAAAAGAAGGAUGUUACUGAUGAAGCAUGGUACCCAGAUAAAAAAAUGGGUGGCUUCAGCAUACAUCCUAAGUAUGGGGGUUGGUUUGCACUGAGGGGGGUCUUUAUCUUCAAAAGCAUCCAUCAACCAGACUUGCCUCGCAUAGAACCAGUGGACUGCUUGCCAAGCCAGGAGGACAGGAAAAUGCUUCUAGAAUCCUUUAACUUUAACUAUCACGAUUGGAGCUACAGAGACAUUGUGGUGGCUGAUGAAAGAUACUCGGAAGAACAGAAAAAGUAUUUUCAAACUGAUCCCCGAGAUCGAAAAGACAUUCUUAAGGAAAUUUUAGCUAAUUGUGUCAGAAAAGAGAAAAAUUAAUAUUUUUUCCUCUGAAAAAAGAAUGCAGUCAGCUUUCUGGGUCCAAGUUUAUCAAAUGUUGCCUUGUGGCAACUUUAUGGCAUUAUUUUAAGAUACUGUUCCUAUGAUUGUUUUAAUUUUUACAUCUAGUUAUUUGGUACAAAGGGUUUUGUUAUAUCAGAAAUAUAUCUUGUGAAGGUAUUCAUUUUUCUGAUUUUUGUUUUGGGUUUUUCAUAAAAUCUUCAGUUUAAGGCUACAUUCAUUUCUCAAUUCUAGUUUUUUAGAAAUGUUUGGUUGCUCUGCAGAAUUGUAGACAUGGUUGUUUCAGCUAUAAGUAUUCAAGUCAAAUGUAAAGAGUUGUCUGAUUGGAUGACAUAAGUAUCCGGUGAACUACAGCUUGUUGAGUUUUCUGAUCCAGUCACUAAUCUUGCAUUUUUUGUUAACAUCUAAAGCUUUUGUAAUUGACAGCAUCACAUCGUCAUCAUACUUUUAAAAAAUCAUCAGAAUAAGAUCAUCUUACUUCAGGAAAUUUGUUACAAAAAUUUUCUGCACUUAUCUUGCAUACAUUUCAUGCCAUUUUACUCUGCUUUUUUGGAGUAAUUGUUACUUUUGUAGACUUUUCAAGUUCUAAAUUGUUGCAACUUAUUUUACCUUAAAUGGAAACCUGUUGAGCAGUGCAAGCACUUGUAAUAUGUAUAAAAGUCAUUUUUUUUAUUUAAGACUUGCUAUGUACUACAUACUUGAACAAUAAGUUUGAACAAGAAUUUUUUUAAGUGAUCUUUUUUCCAAAAAAUAUUUGGAAUAAAUGCUUUUAAAUGUUAAAUAAAAACAAUCUGACAGACUUGUUUAAUCUGCAUUAUCAGGCAUAAUACUUGGCUGUUGGUAAAAUAAUGCAAAUUGUGUCAACUAUAACAAUGUUUUCCAACUUGAUUUUGAUCCUCGUAAAUGACUUUAACACAUAAACUCUUUAGCAUACAACCACCAGGCCACACUGCAAUUUGUAGGGAAGUUAACCUUUAUAUACCUUGUAUAUUUACUCUUGUUGACCAUAUGUGGAUCUGAACUGUUAUCAUCUUUGAGUUGGUUCUGGUAUUGUUGCUGACAGGAACUAUGUAUCACUUAACCACCUGGUGUAUAUAUCACCCACUAUUUUUUUUUUGAUCUUUAAUAGGCUGAGAUAUUAGUCUAUCCUAGUAUGUGUAGAUACUAUUCAUUUAUAUGUCUGUGCUGAACAGAUGACAAAUGACAUCCUUAAUACUUUUAUUAAAUGUUUCAUUUUAUUGAUUUAUUUGGAGAUUUUUCAAUAAGACUUUGUGAAUUUGAUAAGAAUAUUUGAUUUGUAUUAUAGUUUAUUUCUAUUUGACCUUGUGCCUUUAAAAUUUUUUAAGAAAUUUUAGGAUAUUAGGAAACAUGGUGUUGAUGUUCAUGACUAUAGUGUUGAUGAUGGUCAGGAGUAGGAUGGCAGUGGCAGAGAUAAGAGUUAUGCUGAUUUAUUGUUUUUUAUCCCUUUAUUAAAAAGACAGUCAUAUGAGCAGAGUAGCACCAAUAACUUUAUAUAUCAUCUUCAUAAAUAUAUACAUCGAUUGUCUUACUGUUUAUCUGGCUCUCAUUUGAUCCCAGAAACUAGGAAUUGCCAUAAUGGAAUCAUGCUAUAUUUAUAUUGAAGAAUUUAUUUUACUAAAUCUUCAUUUUCCAUUAUUAUUUAUAAUAGAUUUUGUUAUUCCUCACUUUCUCUCAAUUUACAUGUAUGCACAGUAAUUAAUGUUAGUAGUAAUAAAAUAGUAAUAGCAAUUAAUUUUGAGAGUGCACAACACGGAGAUGCAGGUUAAUAAACCAGAUUCUACCAUGCACAAGAGUAAACAAGAUAAAACUCAUUGUCUAGUCACCCAUUUAUUAAAAUCACACUCAUUAUACGAAUACGAUCACAAAACAUAGCCCAAACUGAAGAAAUCUAUUUACUGGGGGGUUUUUUCUCUAAAAAUGGAGCUUCAGAUAUUAUUAUGCAUCACUAUUAUGAGAAUUUCAUGAAGUAAUAAAUUAAAGCUUCCCUGGUUUAUUAAUGUGCUUCACCCAUUAAUUGAUCUGAGAAAUGUCACUUGCACUAACACAAUCAGUAUUAUACACAACUGAAUAAAUGCGAAGGAAAGUGCAGUAUUACUGCCUGUUAGGUUUGUCCUCAAGAAAGUUUGAAUAAAAUGGCCAGGCUAUUUGCAAACAAGUAAAAAAUCUGUCUUAUUGAAACCCCACUAUGGAUGCAUUUGCCGUUUAAUAUCUUAGCACUUCUUUAUACAUAAGUGCAGUAGCAUAAAGAAGCUAUGAUGAUGUGUUAUCCUUGUGCAUUUCUUGAAAAUCAUUUUUAAAAUCUCAUCAGGUUUUGUUCCAUGCACUAUGAUGGUCUCAAGCAUGUUUGUAUGUAGUGCCUGUUGACAAGUCCGGCUAAUUUGCCAUGAUAAAGUCUUAGUUGCUGACUCACUGUAAAACACCAACCCCCACUCCCUCUGUGAUAUUCUGUCACCAUGUAAUUGUCACUAAUACUGACACUUUUGGCUUUUAUAUUCCUUGGGAUUGUUAAAUUUUCACGUCCACUCUGUUCAACCUGGAAAAUUAACGUAAAUGGGCUGACAACAGAUAAUCAUUAAAAGCAUUUUAAAAUA